UCAAAGCAGACGCCCCCGCCCCUCCGUGGCGCCGCGGCCGUACGGGAGACGCGAAGGGGAAUUCUGCCUGGCAACUAAGGACGUCAUCGAGAGCCGGCUUGUUAUUGCGUAGAACACAGGGGGCCUUCGCCAUGGGGCUGAAAUGACCGUCCGGGGGCACGGCAGGAAAUGAUAAAAGUUACGGGCAAAAAGUUACGGGCUGCGGCGGCAGCCCCCAGGCGGGAAGAGGCGAGCGGGGGGGAGAAGCCUCCACUUCCGGCCCGUGAGCCCGCGGAACGCGAUGUUCGUGCGGAAGGGGCCUGGCUCCGUGCGCCUUGCUGCGCAUGCGCGGGCGCCGCGCGCUGUUCCGCGGCCUGCGGGGCCCUCGCGCCGGCCGCGGCGUUCGGCGCGCGCUGCCCCCGGGGCUCGGGCGGGAGCGGAGCGGCCCCGGGAGCCGCGCUUGGCUCCGGCGCCUUCAGUCCGCCACCGAGCCGGACCGGCGCGGCGGGAACAGGCGGCUUGUGAGGCCGCUGUCACCCCGUGGGAGUGGAGCUGCGCUCCUUCCCUGGCCGGGCCAGCAGCUGAUCCGCUCUCCUUUGCUCCAGUGCACUUUUCCUUGUGUUUGGCAGUGUUAAUGUAAUGUACUCACGGAGAAAGUUCUUUUGCUUGCUGAUUUCUUAGCUGCUUUCUCCUCCCCCCCCCCCCCCCCCCCCUUUGUUAAUUUUUGUAGCCUUUCACAUGCAGUGGGUUAAUUUCUUUAUUUAUUUGUUUUUCCAUAUUUUAAAAAUAUUUAUUUGAAGCUCUCCCUUGGCUACGAUUAAACUAUUUCUAUGCCCUGUGUUAUUCUUUGAACUGAUUUUCUGUGUUCCUUAAGCAGUCCAAGUGAGUGGAUUUGGGUGGGAGCCGAAAAAGAGGACCAAGAAGCUUCCUGGGUUUUCCCCUCCUUGCAAUGUCUUUGGAAGACCUGUGCCACCAGAAAGCAUGCCAUUAAUAGCAAUCCAUACCUUUUUUAGAGUAUAAGCUUUGCUUGGCUGUACUUUGGAUCGUUUAUUCUGGAACACAGAGUGUGCUUACUGUGGAAAGCAGUGAGUAAGCUUAGGAAGAAGAGAAUAAUCAAUAAUGCAUCUGUAUUUGGGCUAUAACAUUGGACAUUCCAAGGGUCGAAAAUAAAGUUUUCCAAGUUACAUUUUAAUGUCAACAUUUUAUUUUAAUGUGACUGCUUAGAAGGCAGCUCUUUUACCUUUCCUGGGAUGAAUUGCCUGUGACGUGUCUAGCCAGGCAAGCAAAUAACAUAAAAUCAAUGAGAACCUAUAGCUGAAUCAAAGGAGUCUUCUAUAUGCACAUAAAAUACCAUUGGGUAGAGCAUUUUUAUGUGAUAAAAACAUGAAGGGCACUUCACUAGCCUGAGUGAGCAGACUUCAAUUGUAGAUGAUGACUUGUAGUAAAAUAUUGUGAUGGAGUCACUACUGUUCCUUUAAAGGAAAAGAAAGAAUAAUCCCAGGUCUCAUUAUUACUUUUCCUGUUUUCCAUCCCCAAGUCUUCCAUUGCAUAAAACAGAUGUGGGCUGUUGAUGUUCUCCAUCGCUUAUGUCUAAAUAGCUUACCUCCUCUUUCAUCUUUUCUGCCUUCCACUCCACCCUGGGAGAAAUUCACUUGUCUCUGCGUCGCUCCAUUUUUGCAAUCUUUGCAUUAUCCUUUGUUGUCUAUUUGUAAUAUUGCCCCAGUUUACUGACAGGUCUCCAAGCGAAGGCUUUGAGGCUCCAUUAUGAUGUACUUGAGGUUUAUUGAUCGUGGCUGCAGUGUGGUGCUAUCCAUCAGCAUUUACUGAGGUCACAAACAUCCCCGGCAUUUUACACUGGGAUCGCUGCAACAGAAGGCAUAGAUUAUGUUGGAAGUGAGAUUUUCAUUGCUACUGAAAAUUUUUGCUUGGAAUCUGGAUAUCUCCUUCCUGCUUGCUGCUUUCAUAUUAGCACCCUGUUCCUUUAUCCCACCCCCUCAUUUCCUACCUCUGCAUGCAUGUGUGCACAGAACUCUUAAUGAAUUUGUAUCCUCUCUAUUUCUUCUGUCCUUUUACCCCACAAUAUUUUUUUUUACCCAAUCCAUCUUUUCCUCUGCUUGGCUUCUCACAGGUGUAAGUCGUUCCCCUACCAGCAUUGACAGUGAUAGAUUAAGGAUGGAAUUACUUAUCUGCACCUUGUAAUCCAAACAGAAUCACUGUCUGCUGUUAGCAGUCCACAGGGGUUGCUGCUGAAUAAAUUGGAAUGCUGGUAGCUGUGCUUGCUGAAGCUUCUCUCAUCUUGAAUACGUGAGAAAGAGGGGAAGAGGAAUCCUGUGGAUUUUAACAAAAGAAACACCCCAACUACAGAGGGUGAUGCCCUUAUCCUAGAGAAAUGUUUAUUAGGUUCAAUCCUGUAUUUAGCAGCUAAGGAGGAAUAGAACACUCUUUUCAUUCAGACAUUUAAUUUUUCCCUCAAAUGAAACAAGAUUAUUUUGAAUGGGAAAUGCCCCUUCUUUCAUGUGAGCAGGAAAAGUUUCCCUGAUAGCCACAGGGAAAUUUGAAAGUCGCAUUCCCUUAGGUAGUGGUCACAAACCAGCAGUCAACCUGCACGUGUGUCUGUGUGCCGUGCGUGGCUUGCAUUUCAUCCGGCUGCAGAAGGCAGCGAUAGUGGAACUGCAUCUCCAGCAGGAGUGGGAAGGAAUUUCAGACACCAGAUUCAUCAUCUUCUGACCACAUUGGUGGGAUGUGGAGGGGGUCUGACACUGCUCAGAAGAUGAUCAGGUCUUACAGGAACUGGCUGCAAGUUUUCAGCUCUUUGAAACUGCUUCAUUGGCCACACAUUCAAACUGAGGUGGGACAAGAGGUUGCCUAAAUGGAAGACUACAGGAAGGAAAUCUCUGCUCUUGCUACCUGUUCUAAACUUCUUAAGAGAAUGGACAGGCAUUCAAGUGUCAGCUCGCCCAGCAGCAUUCACCUGGGAUCCCCUCAGUCCCCUCACUGUCUGUUUUUGAUACAGUCAAGAGAAAGAAGAUUGGAGUGGAGAGAAUAGAGUGGUGUGGGGUGUUCUCCUUCUGGCAAUAUCAGCACCAAGGAAAAAGAACUGCCCAAGAAGUAGAGGAAUAGAUCUUAGUCAUCUGGAUUUAAGAAGAACAAUGUCUCUUCCCCGACAGCUGCGAGAAAAGAGUGAUUUUGACCAGCUUCCAGAUGAUGUACCUGUUUCAGCUAAUAUUGCAGAUAUUGAAGAGAAGAAAGGUUUUACUAAUUACUAUAUGUUUGUCAUUGAAGUAAAGCUCAAAGGUGGUGGCAGAUACCUGAUUUUCCGGCGCUAUCGUGAGUUCUAUGCCCUGCACACCAAACUAGAGGAGAGAUAUGGGCCAGAGAGCAGUAACAGCCCGUUUACCUGCACACUCCCUGUACUGCCAGGAAAAGUUUUUGUUGGUGCCAAAAAGGAAAUUGCUGAGAACAGGAUUCCUAUCCUAAAUGUCUACAUGAAGAAUCUGCUCUGCCUCCCUGCUUGGGUGUUGAUGGAUGAGGACGUUCGGCUAUUCUUCUACCACUCAACCUUUGAUGGUGAGCAGGUGCCUCACAGACUGAGACGGCUUCGCCCACGGACACGCCGAGUUAAGAGCAUUUCAGAUCAAGUGCCUGUUUUUGACCGCACCGCAGCUCCGCGGGCUGAGGCACUGUUUGAUUUUCCUGGAACCAAUAAACUGGAGCUCAGAUUCAAGAAGGGAGAUCUGAUCUAUCUACUCAGCAAAGUAAACAAAGACUGGUUGGAGGGAACUGCUGAUGGUACCACUGGGAUUUUCCCAUGUGCUUUUGUGAAGAUCAUAAAAGAUUUACCACAGCAGGAAGACACAGUUAAUAAAGUUCGCUGUUAUUACUAUGAUGAGACUGUGAGCACCAUCAGGGAUAUCUCAGUGGAAGAGGAUCUGAGCAGCAUUCCAUCGUUCAAAGAUCUAAUGGAACUGAUGAGGCAGGAGUUUAACCAAGAAGACAUUGUUCUGAAUUACCGGGACCCUGACGGUGAUCUGAUCCGCUUGCUCUCCGAUCAGGAUGUUGAACUCAUGGUGUCUCAGAGCAGAAGAAGUCCCUCUGAGAAGCACUUUUUCCCUUGGAAGUUGCACAUCACUCACAAAGAUGAUUUGGGUGUCUACAACACUAGUCCAGGAACAGGUGCUACUCAAACAGUAGGAGCAAUCUAAGAGCUACAUAGAUAUCCCUCUCUGCAGGCAGUUUCCUUCAACAUGUCUUUGAAGUGUCCUUGAAAUGAGUAAUUUUUAGUGAUUUAACCUUUCAGUGUUAAAUCUGUACUUAGUUAACUUCUUCAGCUUUUUAGCACACAUCUGCAAUACAGACAUCUACACAGAGACCAGAGAAAGUGAGGAAUAGAGAAAUAAAAUCACAGGCCAUGUUUACAAAGCAAAUCAGUGUCAGCCUGCCAUAGAGGUCUCCUGAGCCCCUAGACUUGCUCUAGUAUACACUCCCAAGGCUAGUUAUUUGUCCAGAAUAUAUUCAUAAGCUUUUUUUUUUUUUUUUUCUAGACUCCCAUAAAUUUCUCUUCAUUUGCUGAUCUGAAGGCUAGUGGGCCAUUGUGUAAUUAUUUCUCUUAUGUUGGAGUGUGACUGGGCAUUCAGAGUUUGUCCUAGGAGCAUCAAGAAAACUUUCAGUGAACAAACUGCAGCCCAUCUUAUCUUUCUUCUUUUCCACUGACCAGUAUAUUGAAUUUUGUGAAUCAAACCUAGUACACCUGUGGUGUUCCUUAUAGACCUUCAUAUAAUUGUACAAUCUACUUAUUUUCAUGUUCUGGGAAAAUGUGUAGGAUAUCUACUCAAACAACAGUUUCUUCUCUAUCUUCUGUUUUCUGACACUGCAUUCAAAGUAAAACUAACAAGAAAUUACUAUAUCAGAUUCUUCAACAAAUAAAGUUAAAUAUUAGUUUGUCAAUUUUUAUUUAAAAGU